AUGAGUGAACAAGAGAGGAAACUCAUUGAUGAACGAGUUAAGAAAUGGGAGAAUGAACGUCCGAUAAUUCGUACCAUAAUUAGCGAUCAAAAGUUCAAGCAGCAUACAUUUGAUUUUUUGCGCGAUAUAUAUAAUGAUCUUGCUUUUGAUUACAAUGCUAGGCAAUACUUUGAGAAAGAAUAUGUUCAAAAAGGUCGUAUUAAUUUCCCAAUGAGAAGAGAAGGCUUUUUGAUUACAUCAACAUAUACAGCACGUGGUAGAGACCCUUUUACAGACGCGGUUCGUAACUUUAAAGCACGUUCUUCUAUUAAUGAUGAUCCAGAUUUCUACAUACCUUAUUUUCGUCCACCUUCGCAUCCUUUACGAACCAGUGAUCCUGGAUAUGACGCUAAACGAAGAUAUAUAGAGACGAAAUUAGCUAAAUACAAGGAACCUAAGGAUCCAAGGACUGGAGAAGUAAAGGAAUCACAUGUCAAGAUAAAUAAGCUUUACAAAGUAGUUGAAGAAUUGGAGAAACGAUCUAAUGAGAUUAACGCUGAGAAGAAAAAGGAA